AAACCCUAAUUUGAGCAGCAGAUCCCUCUUUUCAAUUUGAAAGCAACCGUGAAACAUGCUAGGUGGAUUGUACGGAGAUCUCCCUCCGCCGUCAGAUGAUGACAAACCCACCGGAAACUCCUCUUCCUCCUCCGUCUGGUCAAGCAGCACCAAGAUGGCGCCGCCUACGCUUCGCAAACCACCCGCUUUUGCUCCGACGCAGACCAUCAUCAGACCUCAGAGCAAGCCCAAGCCUCAGUACAAGCCUCCUCCUCCUCCUCCUCCUCCUACACAAUCGAUUAUCACUCCGGCGCCGCCGUCGCAACCGGCGUUGGUCGGCGUGACAUCAUCGGUGAUCGAAGAGUACGAUCCGGCGAGACCGAACGACUACGAGGAGUACCGGCGCGAGAAGAAGAAGAAAGCCAUGGAAGCGGAGAUGAAGCGGGAGCUCGACAAGAGACGGCGCGAGGAGGAGGAGAGGGAAGAGAUGGAGAAGAAGAAGGAGAGGGAAAGAGAAAGAGAGCGUUUCGAUCAUCACCAGACUCCGCUGAACAUCUCCGGCGAGGAGGCGUGGAAGAGACGCGCCGCCAUGAGCGGUGGGAAGCGUGGAAGAUCCUCUUCUCCUCCGCCGCAUGCGGGGAACGGCGUCGACGACGGGUUUAGCAUGGGGACGUCGGAGACGAGCGGGUUGGGAGUCGGGGCGGGGGGGCAGAUGACGGCGGCGGAGAGGAUGAUGGCGAAGAUGGGGUGGAAACAAGGGCAGGGGCUUGGGAAAUCUGAGCAAGGGAUCACGACGCCGUUGAUGGCGAAGAAGACUGAUCGGAGAGCUGGUGUCAUUGUCAAUGCUAGCGAGAAGAAGGUUGUCGCUGCCGUCGUCAAGGGUGUGAAUAUCAGUGGUGAACCAACCAGGGUCUUGCUUCUUAGAAACAUGGUUGGACCAGGAGAAGUAGAUGAUGAGCUAGAAGAGGAGGUGGGAUCGGAGUGUGGCAAAUACGGAACAGUCACUCGUGUACUGAUAUUCGAGAUCACUCAACCAAACUUCCCUACACACGAAGCAGUCAGAAUCUUUGUUCAGUUUUCAAGGCCUGAGGAAACAACUAAAGCCCUUGUGGACCUUGAUGGGCGAUUCUUUGGAGGAAGGACGGUACGUGCAACGUUUUACGAUGAAUCCAAAUUCAGUAAGAACGAGUUGGCUCCAGUACCAGGUGAAAUCCCUGGCUAUUAGACGAAGGAUGAAAUGCUUUUUUUUUUCUAUAGAGAUGAGGUUUAAUAAUAUUAUUUGUAAAGUACUACUUGGAAGCUGUUGGGAUCUACCUGUUUAGUGUUUUGUUCAAUGUAUUAUUACGCUAGUUCUACAACUCUACAUGGUAUUUAAUCUCCUUUUCAUUUUA